GUACACACACCUUAAGACUUUUCUCAAACGACAAGACGCAAACGCAAGACUGUCAUCUGUCAUUAUAACCAUCCGUCAUUCUUUUUACAUGUUGAUUUGUUGAUUCUGCAACUUGUCAAAAAAAAGGUGAAAAUAGGAUUUCACAUAACUUUUUAAUCCUUAUCUAUAUUUAUCAAACUGCAUACCACCAGUAUCAAUUCGCAGCAUAUUACACUGCACACCGUGUUUGUAUAAUAACAAAAUAUCCUGGUCAUAUACCACACAGUGCGUGUUACUAUGCUAUAGCAGUAUUUUCAAUUAUUAUAAUUCAUUUUCUACUAGUGUGUAUCUCCUUAAAAUCAUUAAACAAGUGUAGCCGAAGGCAUCAAAUAGAACAAUGUCCCGGAAACCAAACAGUGCAACCUCAAGAUUGAAGCAAGACUACCUUAGACUAAAGCGAGAUCCUGUACCAUAUAUCACGGCAGAACCACUACCAACAAACAUUCUUGAAUGGCAUUAUGUUGUAUGUGGUCCAGAGAAUACCCUAUAUGAAGGAGGUUAUUAUCAUGGUAAGCUGGUCUUUCCAAGAGAAUUCCCAUUCAAGCCACCUGCUAUCUACAUGAUCACACCAAAUGGACGAUUCAAAACAAACAAGAAACUGUGCUUGAGCAUAUCUGAUUUCCACCCAGAUACUUGGAAUCCUGCCUGGAGUGUUUCUACCAUACUUACUGGUCUUCUGAGUUUUAUGAUUGAAAAGAGUCCAACAUUAGGCAGUAUAGAAACUACAGAUUAUGAUAAACAUCAAUAUGCUUACCAAUCGCUAGAAUAUAAUCUGAAAGAUAAACAGUUCUGUGAUUUGUUUCCUGAUACUGUAGCAUCAAUUGAGGCUGAUUUGGAGAAGAGGAGUGCAAACCAAAGUGUAAAUGCUGAUAGUCAAAGGAACUUGCAAGCAGUUUCACCUCCCAGUAAUCUCCAGGCUUGCUUAACAAAUUUGUGUGUCAUUAUAGGUUUUGCAGCAUUUGCUUUCACAGUGAAGUAUGUUAUGAAGACAUCAGCAUAUGAAACUGAGUGACUUAUGUUUCAAUUUGUUUUUGAGAAAUGUAUUUAUAUUACCAAAUACUGAUGAGUGUUCAUUCAAAGGCUUCAAAGUGGUUGAAUUCAGCCUGAAAAUUCAAAAGACUUCAGUACUAGGUGGAGAGUUCUUGCCCUAACAUCAACGGAUGCUUUACUUUUCAUCAAUAAAUUCGUUUUCAAUUAUCCUAAAUGUGUUUAGCAUUCACUCUUACCUAUAUCUGUUAAUGGAACAACUGCCCAUACAUAGAUUUUUGCUAAGCAAUUUGAGGUAAAAAAUUAUUAAUUUAAUAUCUUUACUCGACCAAAUAAUGAGCACAAACAUGAAGUCUUGUUAUGCUAGAACAAAAACUCUUCACUUUAUUAUAUGAGUCAUUGGAUCUUAAUUAUAUCCAAUUUAUUACAUAGCCUUUCACUUGCAAAAUUUUAACUAUUUGUUGUGAUAAGUAUGUUAUAAUUGUUGAUUUUGCGUAAUUUGCAAAAUACAACAUUGAAUUCAGAAUAUUGUUUACAGUGAAAUGAGAUGUCAAGGAAGUGGUAAUCAAAUUUUAAUUCUGUUUUGAUCACAUUCAAUGUCACUGUUGUUUUAAAAGUGGCAUAGGUCUAAGAGAUUAAGUGAAAGAGAUUGCAGAUUCUAUUCUGAACUUUUUGAGUAUCAAAAUGUCUCUGUCUGUGUUUCGUUGUUUCAAUCAAGGUAAGUAUAUGGUAUUGGUUACCAGAAUAUUCUGAUAUUUUUAAAACUUAUAAAAACACUGUGUAAUGGCAUAGCAUUUAAUGUCCCUUUAGGUUUUGCAUAUGAAAAGAAAAAACAUAUCUAUUGCAUAUGUCGCCAACCUGCGAGAUCCUUCUUAUCAGAGUUUUAGGUGACCAUACAUGCUAAAGGAUGCUACUUUGUGAACGUGAAGGCUGCCUUCCAGUGGCCAAGCAUGUAUAAGGUAGCUCAAAGCUCAGGUAACAAUGAUUUAUCUAUGUACAUAGUAAACGACCAUAGUAAAAUGUCUUCCGUCCUGUUAUGAGAAAAAAAGGUGCGAAUUUCUGCUUGAAGUUUCUCUUUACCUAUGCCAUUUUUAUUUAGGGCAUUUUUGAUUCAUAUUCUAGUAAUUCUGUACCUCACAGGUAUUCGCGACCUUCUUCUAUUAUUUUCUUAGAGAAUAACGCCUAGUCUGAGGUGAACCUGAAUAGUAUUAAAAACCAGUGAGGUCCGUCAAGAAGUGAGAAUGUCUUUCAUACGUGAUAUUGCUAAAUGUGCUUUUGGCCAUAAUAUUGUUAUAAGCCUUUUUACUAUUUGAGGUGAAACAAAAGGGUCGCCAGGCAUAUAACCCUUUUCACGGUAUCUUUGAAGGUUACCACAUGUGUAUUUUUUGAAGUCAAGGGCUCAACUCAGAAUAGGAUUCACCUUAGGAAGUUUUUAUAAACAGGCUGUAGCUGCUUAAGAUUCGUUGCUUAUAUAAUAAGCUUUUUUCCUGACACAUUUUAUGUUAGUUUUCUAAUACGGCGGGACAAAAAUACCUGGCUUCAAAAAUAAUUGUAAGUGCAAUUAUUGAAAUAUUACAAUGAACGUGUUUUGUUACAUUAUAGAAUUUUUAUAAUAUACUUUAUGAGUAGGUGAGUUGUAUUAAAUAAUUAUUU